GUGUUGACUGUACUUGACUAUCGUUAAACUUUCGUUUGGUUUUUGAAUCGAUAAGGCAAAUAGAUUGUCCAUUUAACCGAAGAGGAAUCAAAUCACAAGAAAAGAGAAAAAUUGUGGAUUUAUAUCAUCGAGUAGUUCAUUUUAUGUUCACAAAAGUUGUAGUGCAAAGUGUUCAAAGUCGAUCUUGAUUAAGCCAAAGUUGACCAUUUUCUUGACCAAAUGAUUUGUUAAAUUUGAAUAAUUGUCUUUGAAUACAAAAAAGCUCGUGAAAAGUGCAAAAAAUAGAAAAAUAUUUGUGUUUAAAUAGAUGUCAACUGAAAAGUGACAAUUGACCAACUUCAAUCAGAAACUCUGGAAUUGGAAAUUUCUUCCUUUUCUAUUGUUGGAAAAUUCUGCUCAACUCACCACCAUGAUCAUGUUCAGAUGAAAAUUUCAACUCAGGGUUGGACCAAAAGUGCGCUGUUAAUAUCAAUUAGAGAAGAAAAUUUCUGCGCAUCAAAUCUAUUUUUCUCUGAACUUUUUCCGGUUAUUCAUUAUCAUUACCAGAAUUGUCACCAAUAUUCAACUUUGUGUGUUUGUGAUUCAAAGGAAAGUUUCCAAUGGAAUAGAAAAUAAAAGUUUUGCAAAAAUUGAAAAAAGGCAAAUGGUGAUUCAAAAAAUUCUGACCAAGAAUUGGAAGAGAAAAUAAAUUCGAAAAAAACGGAUAAAAAAAAGAAGAGAAAAAAUCUUCUGUUUACUGGAAAAGUCACUUAUCCAGAGACAUUGGCUCAACCUUUACACCGCCCAUUACCACCGUUGCCACCACUGCACCACCCCUUUGCCUCCGCCUCCGCCUCCUCCAUCUUUAACCUUAUCAACAACAACAUCAUCAACUGCGCAUUUAUUCAGUUCAUCUGUAUCACCAUCAUUCACAUCGUCAACCUUUUCCUCUUCAUCUUCUCUCUCUCAUCCUCUAUCUUCACCUUUUCUUCAUCUUCAUCUUUAUCCACAACCCAACAUUCAACUGUUCAACACUAGCCAGUUACACAGUCUAACUUGACUCUCACCAGUAACGCUACUACCCUCAUCAUCCCCCAUCAUCAUCAUUACCAUUCACAUCUCAUCAUCAUUCUCAUCUUGUUCGUCAUCUUCAUCAUCCAACUCAUUACACACUGCCUCCACCUACUUCAACAACAUGAACCACUAAAGCAACAACAGCAACAGUAGCAACAACUCAUCAUCAUUCUCAUCACCCGUCAUCAUCCCUCUCAUCUACCGUUAUGUCCAUCUUACUACUGUCAAGGUCCAUCUUCGGGAACAACGCACGUUCCACCAGCAACUAGUUUAACCAGUGAUCCUCAUCAAACCACCAUGGAUUCACAUCACUUUAAUCCUUAUCAUCAUCCUUAUUACAGAGUCGGAGCCACUGUGAAAGAUCACCAUCAUCAUCAUCACCAUCAUCACCAUCAAAGUGUCGAAACAGUGGCUCAAGCAGCCAUUGUCCAAUCAAGAAUUCUGGAAAUGCGUAAGGAAAAGAGUCGAGAUGCGGCCCGAUCAAGGCGGGGUAAAGAAAAUCACGAAUUCUAUGAAUUGGCAAAAUUACUUCCACUUCCGGCUGCCAUCACUUCUCAAUUAGGUAUCAUGAAUAAAGCAUCAAUAAUUAGGUUAACAAUUAGUUACCUAAAAUUGAAAGAUUUUUCAAACAAUGGCGACCCAAAUUGGUCAAAAUUGGCACCCAAUCCCAACAAUCCACUUAAAAAUAAUAAAAUGUAUAAUAUGUUUGAUGUUCACCAAGGAACUCAUAUACUCCAGUCAUUGGAUGGAUUUGCGUUUGCAUUAGGUCAAGAUGGAAGAUUUUUGUACAUUUCAGAGACUGUUUCAAUCUAUCUUGGUCUUAGUCAGGUUGAAAUGACUGGGUCAAGUGUGUUUGAUUACACUCACCAACAAGAUCACGCUGAAUUGGCUGAACAACUGGGCAUUACUCAUACCAAUUCAUUGUCUUCUUCUUCCUCUCAACUGAGCUCUUCUCCUUUACCACCGGCCUCAGUUGGUUCAAAUGCAUCCUCCGAGUCAGACAGUCCAUCUUAUGGUAAUUCAAACAAUUUGAUGACCACUUCAGAUCCAGAUCAUUUAGAGAGGCGAUUUUGCAUCCGAAUGAAAUCAACUUUAACCAAACGAGGUUGUCAACAUUUUAAAUCAAGUGGCUAUCGAGUAGUCCAUGUAAUAUCACACCUAAGGCCCGAUGCUAAUUCAAGAAGAGAAACUCAAAAUGGUCCAGUUAAACUUGUAGGCCUUGUUGGUAUUGCAAUUGCUCUUCCGCCACCUUCUGUUAAUGAAUUACGAUUAGAACCCGAUAUGUUUGUCAUGAGAUUAGGACUUGAUUUUAAGAUACUUCAUUGUGAACCAAGAAUAUCAGAUCUUUUGGAUUAUAAUGCGGAUGAAUUAACGGGACGUAAUAUGUACUCGCUGGUUCAUGGACAGGAUGUUAUUCAACUUAGAAAAUGUCACCUUGAUUUGAUACACAAGGGACAGGUUAUGUCUAAAUAUUAUAAAAUAAUGAAUAAAAAUGGAGGAUUCACUUGGAUUCAAACUUGUGCAACAUUAAUUUGUAGUAAUAACGGAACUCCGAAUGGUAAAGGUGCUACUAAUGGUGGGUCGACUAAUGGAUCGGAGGAUCAAGAACAAAGCAUUAUAAGUGUAAAUUAUGUUAUAAGUGGUUUAGAAUAUGAUCAUGUGAUAAUGGAUUUAAGUCAACUUGGUGGGAUAGGUUUGAUAAAUUCUGUAUCAUCAUCACCAAUUACAAUAAAAACAAGUCCAUCUUCUAAGCGGAUAACUCCAUCGCCUCCUUCACCUCUAAUUGUUGGUCCACCGCCGCAGUCUGUUCCUCCAUCUUCAUCGUCAUCUGUUUCUUCUUCAUCUCCAUCAUCCAACAAUCAAACAAAUCAAUUAACUUUAAACGGUAAUAAUGGUAUAAUUGGUUCCGGAGUGCGUCGUCCAAUGCCCGGUGAUUCUUGCUCUUCUCAGCAACAGCAUGGACUUUCAAAUGGAAACUCACCAGGUCAUCAUGCUGGUGUACCAACAUCUUCAGCUACAGCGCCUUCAAAUUCCAUCAACGGUAAUCAAUCAUCAAUUGAUUCAUCGAAACGUCGCCGGUAUACAUCUAGUCCUGUUCGUCCCUGGAAAUCACCUUCACCACCUUCAAGUGAAUCUCCGGUUUCAAGUAUAGGAGGAUCAAAUGGGUUAACCAGCGGAGGACACGGUGUUUUAAGUCCAGGUAGUCCAGGACCCUGUGGAAGCCCAUCGUCAAAUUUACUUCGCCAUAUCAGUGUGAUUCGGGAAACUCCAGCCAUCCUAAAGCCUCAAGUGGUUGCACCAGCAGCAGCUUAUCACCAUCCUCAUCAUCCUCAUCAUACUCACCCUCAUCCCCAUCAUACCCAUCAUCAUCAACAAACCCACCCCCAUGGUCAUCCUCAUACACAUCCAUAUCAUCAAUCACCUCCUCCUCCUCCACCGCCACCACCGCCCCCGCCACCUCAUCCUUCUCAUCAUUACCAUCAUUUGGUUGAUCCUUAUGCUGCCGCAUAUCACAUAUACAAGACUGGGGGUAAUCCUGGACCUGGAGUACCAACAGCAGCAACUGCAACACCAACUCCAGUCACCAAUAAUCAUCAUCAUCAUUGGGGUGCUUAUAAUUAGAAUAAGCAGAAACCCAAAAUUGAUGAUACCCAUGGAACAAAAUUGCGAUUGCAAGACAUCUCAUUUUGAUUAAAUUUUACCUUUGUCAAAUCAAAUGUCACCCGAUUCAAAACACUAGCCGCAAACUUAAGCACCAAGCUAAUUACAACAGUAGUACGAAUAAGGACGAAGAAAUCGAUCAUACCUAUUGGAUUUUAUGAUACCAGCAACAUUCGAGUGAAAUAUGUUCGUUCAACAAGUCAUCACAAGCUAUCGAUUUAAUCAAGGAUUAAACUACUGAUACAUUUCAUUAAGAAAAACGAUAGCCACUAACCAGCUGUUAGCUAACAAGAAAUGAUCUUUUUCAUUGUGCAGUGUUAUCAAUUGAAUAAUUCAAGCAAUCAAGCAAUGCAGUUUAUUUAAAUCAUAAAGCAAUCAUUUCACAUACUUUGACUAUAUCAUAUGAUAAUUAUAUGAUAUUUUACUUCAUUCAACUUUAUGAUUUUUGUUAUACCAAGAAACGUAAGGAUAUCAACCAAGCGAAAAGUGUUAUAAUAUAAAUUUAUUAUUAAUUACUGUGAAAUGAAACUCAAUUACCCACAAUUUAAAGCCACCAAAAAACAACAAGAUCUGCAAUCAAACAUCAUCACUUUUAAAAAAUUACGAACACUCCACCUUCAAUGUUCUCUUUUUUUUCGUCAUUUUCAAGAAAGCAAAAUUUUAAAUGGAAAUAAUGCAAUUUUAGGUUCAAAUUUUAUGCAAAAGUAACAUUUGCACAUUCGAACAAAAAAUCAAUUCAAAUUAAAUAAAACAAACUGAUAUCAAAAUAAAGAGAAGAUAUCAUUUAA